GUCAGACACAUGCUGUGGUAGGACUCCAGCAGGGAGUUGUAGUGCAUAUAGUGUUUGCCUAACAGAUGAGUGGGUCAGACGCCGAUGAGGGUAGAGUUGACGAUGCGAGGCUGACACGUUCGAGAUCACUUAGGGUCCCGCACGUGUAUCAGGCCCUACGGCCGGGGGACGAAAGACGGCUUCGUGCCGAAGCUAGAGCCCGUGCUUACGCAGCAGCGAGGGAAACAACACUAGCUGCAAGUCAGGCGUUGGCAGCAGCAAACGCCGCAGCUAGGGAACGGGCAGCAGCAGCAGCCAGCGCAACAGCAAUGGCUGCCAUGGCAGCAUCCUCUGUUGCGUCCUUGUCUGGGACCCACUUGGGAAUGCCCCCUGCGCCCACGGGUACUUCGGGAUCGGUAGGUUCCAGUCAGUUCACAAGUCAAAUGGCGGGCUUGCAGUUCAGUCCGUUGACCCCAGGCGGCAGGGAGUUACUAGAGCUCCAACAAGUCGAAAGGAUCCGCACUCGGUUAGAGAGGGAACUGAAGCAAGCCACCGAUAGAGAAAGAGAGAUAAAAAAUAGAACAGACAGGCUGGAUACGUUAGAGGCGGACAAAGCUGCAUUAGAGGAGUUAGAUGAGUCAGCAAUGUCUGACGAAAUGAAAGUGUUUAAGUCCAGCAUACUGUCAUUGCAUGCUCAUGUGGACACCAGACUGGAUUUCAUGCAGAACUCCUUGGACCAAAUCUUGGACCUUUUGCAAAGGCCAGGAUUACGGCCAGCAGUACAGUCGUCAUUGUCGUUAACGGCGAUGUUAAGCCCUUUUCCGGUACAAGCUGACACACAGCCAAGUGGUAUGUCUGCAGUAGCCGCACAGACUUUUGCUUCUUCUUCUUCUGUUCCAGCGGCUGAAACUAUACCACAGCCGCAACAAACUGUUCCACCACAGGGACAUCAACAACGUCCAUGGUACCCAAAGACCCCAAUGAAACCGUCCCUUGCCUUCUCCGGUGAGAAGAAGGACGAGGAACUCAACACUUGGUUGAGAACAGUUCCAAUGUGGGUAAAGGCAAAGAGGAUGUUGCAGGAGGAGGAGGUGAUUACUGUUGCGUCUUACCUUGAGGGUAAGGCAGCCAAAUGGCUGGAUGGGAUAGUCGCGAAGGCCGGGUUCGGACGACGCAUGGCAGAUUGGGGUAAAACCCUCACUUUAGAGGAGUUCUUGGACAUGGUAGAAGCUCGCUGGCAUAAUCCGCAGCAGGCACAAAUUGCCACUGACGCGAUGUUGAGACUGGACCAGAGUAGGUACAAGUCUGUCAGAGAGCUAACGUCUACUGUAGAGAACCUCAUCGUCGUGCCCGGUAUAUGCUAUGAUGACCAGGUCUUGUUGACCAUGUUUCUAAGAUGUCUGCCUGAGAAUCUCAGGACCUUACUGGCCAGCGAGGCUCACCUUGAGUAUCAUUCCUUUGAGACCUUCUCUAGAAAGGCCUUAGAUUUGGAGGCUACCCUAGGAAGUGCUCAACCUACUCCAGUAGACGGGAGGAAGAAGAAGAGUCCACAGGAGUGGAAGAAGAAAGAGAGUCGAUUGAUAAUGGUUGAGUCUGAUAGGACCCAAACCGAGAUCGAUGAGCUUUCUGACUUGAUGGACAGUUCAGAGUACGACGGCGAGGAAAUCGUUGAGGGUAGCACCCUCGCCGCAGUAGUAAAGACUAAGGCAGUUGGCCGAGGCCAAUUUUGUGAAGAACCUGAUUGCGUUUUGAAGCCCAUCAGAGCUAUUAUCAGUGGGUAUGGUCUCGUAGCAUCUUGUGAUAUCUGCUGAGAAUACACUAGUUACCUGCGAGGGUAUAUUGUAGACGUAGUCAGCUGUCGAGUCUAUGAGCCACCAAUAG